AUGGCAAGCAAGAAAGUCAUCGUUGUGUUUGGGGCAACAGGUUCUCAGGGUGGUUCUGUGGCCAGAGCCAUUAUGAAGGGCAAAGAGCAGUCUCAGGAUGUGACCAGACCUUCUGCCCUGGCCCUAAAAGAACUGGGAACUGAGGUGGUGAAAUGUGACCUGAAUAACCAAGAGUCCCUGAAGGGAAUCCUAAAAGGUGCCUAUGGAGCCUUUCUGGUGACCAACUUCUGGGAUGACUUCAGCAAAGAGAAGGACAUGAAACAGGGGAAGAUGGUGGCUGAUUCCAGUAAACAACUGGGCUUGAAGCAUGUGGUAUACAGUGGCCUGGAGAAUGUAAAGAAGUUGAUCAAAGGAAAACUGGAGGUGCAGCACUUUAAUGGGAAAGGGCAAGUGGAAGAGUAUUUCUGGUCCAUUGGAGUUCCCAUGACCAGUGUCAGGAUAUCAGCCUACUUUGAAAACUUCCUAAACAUCUGGAAACCUGUGAAGGCAUCUGAUGGUGACUACUACAACUUAAUGUUGCCUAUGAAGGACAUCCCCAUGCAUGGCAUCUCUGGUGCUGACAUUGGACCAGCAGUGGCCAGCGACUUCAGGUCCCCGGAGGAGUUCCUGGGCAAGGCUAUGGGUCUCAAUGCAGAAGCUCUGACAGUUCAGCAGUAUGCAGACAUUCUCUCCAAGACCUUGGGGAAAGUAGUUAAAGACUCCAAGAUCACCCCAGAAGCUUAUGAGAAGCUGGGAUUCCCUGGAGCCAAGGAAAUGGCUGACAUGAUGUGUUUCUAUCACAUGAGGCCAGACAGAGAUGUGCAGCUCACCCAUAAGCUCAACCCCAAGGUCAAGAGUUUCUCCCAGUUUGUGUCUGAGAAUAAAGAUGCCUUCAAGGGCCUGUAG